GUCGUCGUCAUCGUCGCAUUUGCCGCCGCUUGUGUGUUUGCCUUUGCCGUCGCUGCUGCUGCUGGUGCUGCUAUUACCACUCCGAUUGCUGCCACUCCACACAACCGACUCGAAAGCAAGUCGAAUUGUGAAUACGAUAGCGCGCAAGUGAACGACGAGUAAAAAUGUUGAGUUCGCCAACGGUUUGCAAUCAGUUCGAGUUCGAGCGUCACACGAGACGGACGUGUAGGCUGUGCAAGAUUUUACGCGAAAAACGGGUUUUCCAAUUUUUCUUUUUUCCAUACACCCAACCACCAAACAAACAAAAAACGCUUGAGUUAAAGCUGAAAGUGGAAAAAAAGAAUAAUGAAGUCUAGUGGUAGUGCAGCAUGAAAAAGUCAAUACUUACUGAAAAUAAGCGACGCGCAACAAAAGCGUUUUCGUUUUCCGCCCAACAAAUAAAAGGCGUUUAAGUCAAUCAAAGCAUAAAUUUAUUAGUGCUGUUUACGAAGGAAGCAAAGCUAACGAGAAAAAAUAAAACUGGUGUAGUGAAAAAGUUGAACGACGACGACGACGACUACACCGAAGAAAACAACGACCACGAGUACGUUGACAAGUGAUAUGCUUUGCGUGCUAUGCGUGAAAAUUGUUGGGUGAAAAUUUUCGUUAAUGAAAAAUUCAUGUAGCAUAAUUCGAAUGGUGGACAAAGUGUAAAGUGUGCUUCAGAGAAAUUGUAUAAAUUAAAGCUUCGAAAAGAAAACAGUGAAAAUCGAUUUGCAUAAAAAUUAUUUCAAAUAAAAAAAAAUAAAACAUCGAUCACCUCUUGUGUACACACUUACAAUUAACAGCCAUGAAAAUAUCUAAAUGCAUUUAAACAAAGGCGCUUAUUUGACUGCAGCGCGUCGAAAACGCGUAUCUAUGCAAGCGUCGAAGUGUUUAAUACACUAGAAAAAAAAACCCAAAAAUAUAAAAAAAUAAAAAUAUUUUAAAUAAAAAUGUGUAAAUUAAGCAGAAUAUCAAUGCGAAUCGCCGCUAACUGCAGCGCGUACACGUUCCUGCUAUUAACACACAUACUCGCCCAGGGCGUAUGCGGCGUUUUCGCGCUCCAUAGCAAGGGCGCCGAUAGGCCAGAUUCCUCAUACGCGCUCUCAUCGGAGUCGGCUUCAGCCAGCGCGGCCAGCAUGAUGGCCACUUCAAUGGCAGGCGCUGCAGCUACGGCAGGCGCUGGAGUCCCCGCAGCCUCCUCCUCAUCAGCCGUAGCCGGCGUGGCAGAAGGUACCAUUGAUGCUGCGGGUGCCUCCUCAUCACAAUUGCAGCCCACCACCACCAAUCAAUGUUCCUGGCAGUAUAAUGGCACUACAUCGGUACGCUGCAACCUGCGCACCAUCGAACGACAUAUAGCGCUCGAUUUGCAAGGUGCUGACGGCACCAGCCAAUUGGAGAUCAAAUGCAGCGAACUCUACCUCUUUGAAUCGCAACUGCCACAGGCGGCUUUCGCGCGCCUACAAACGCUCGAUGUGUUACGUAUUGAUGGCUGUAAAUUGCUGCAAUUGCCAAAUAAUGCUUUCGAAGGACUGAAUGUGCUGCGUACGCUGGCGGUGAAUACACGUAAUCCCGACUGGGGACCUGGCAAAACGUUGGAAUUGUAUCCGGACUCGUUGAAUAGCUUAAAGCAGCUGACCGAGCUGCAGUUGGGCGAUAAUAAUUUGCGCGCACUACCCGCUGGAUUCCUUUGUCCGGUGGGGAAUCUGCAAGUGCUUAAUUUGACGCACAAUCGCAUACGCUCUGCGGAGAAUCUCGGUUUUGCUGACAUGAAUUGCAAUAGUGGCAGCGAGCUGCAAGUGUUGGAUGCAAGUUACAAUGAAUUGCGUUCCAUCACCGAGAGUUGGGGCAUUUCCCGACUGCGACGUCUGCAGCAAUUGAAUUUGCAACACAAUAAUAUUUCCGAGUUAUCUGGGGAGGCUUUAGCUGGAUUGAGCUCACUGCGUAUUGUUAAUUUGAGCAAUAAUCAUUUGGAAACACUGCCAGAGGGGCUCUUCGCCGGCUCGAAGGAGCUGCGUGAGAUACAUCUGCAAAAUAAUGAGCUAUACGAACUGCCUAAGGGACUCUUUCACAGGCUUGAGCAAUUGCUGGUCGUGGAUCUGUCUGGAAACCAGCUGACCUCAAAUCACAUUGACAAUACCACAUUUGCGGGACUCAUAAGGCUGAUUGUGUUGAAUUUGGCGCAUAAUGCGCUCACACGGAUCGACUAUCGCACCUUCAAGGAGCUGUACUUCUUGCAGAUCCUGAAUUUACGCAACAAUUCCAUCGGUCACAUCGAAGAUAAUGCCUUCCUGCCGCUCUACAAUUUACACACACUCAACUUGGCAGAGAAUCGACUGCAUACCUUGGAUGAUAAGCUCUUCAAUGGCUUGUAUGUGCUUUCGAAACUGACACUGAACAAUAAUCUCAUCAGCGUUAUUGAGCCGAAUAUAUUUAAGAAUUGCUCAGAUCUCAAGGAGCUCGAUUUGAGCUCUAAUCAGCUCAACGAAGUGCCACGCGCUUUGCAAGACCUCUCCAUGCUACGCACGCUGGACUUGGGCGAGAACCAAAUACGCACCUUUGAUAAUCAGAGCUUCAAAAAUCUGCAUCAGCUAACGGGACUGCGGCUAAUCGACAACCAAAUCGGCAACAUUACCGUUGGCAUGUUCGCCGACUUGCCACGUCUCAGCGUACUCAACCUCGCCAAGAAUCGCAUACAGUCCAUUGAGCGUGGCGCCUUCGAUAAGAAUUUCGAGCUGGAGGCCAUACGCCUUGAUCGCAACUUCCUGUCCGACAUCAACGGCGUCUUCGCUACACUAGUUUCCCUGCUGUGGCUCAAUCUUUCUGAGAAUCAUCUCGUGUGGUUCGACUAUGCCUUCAUACCGAGCAACCUCAAGUGGCUCGACAUACACGGCAACUACAUUGAAGCGCUGGGCAACUACUACAAGCUGCAGGAGGAGAUUCGCGUAAAGACACUGGACGCCAGUCACAACCGCAUCACCGAAAUCGGUGCUAUGUCCAUACCAAACACUAUCGAGCUGCUGUUCAUCAACAACAACCUUAUUAACACAGUGCACCCAAACUCAUUUGUAGACAAAAUCAAUUUAGCGCGCGUCGACCUCUACGCCAACGCGAUGUCCAAGCUGCAGCUGCAACAGCUGCGUGUCGCACCCGUGCAACCGGCUAAACCGCUUCCGGAAUUUUACCUAGGCGGCAAUCCGUUCGAGUGCGACUGCACCAUGGAUUGGCUGCAACGCAUCAAUAAUCUGACCACACGUCAGCAUCCGCGUGUCAUGGAUCUCACAAACAUCGAAUGCGUCAUGCCACAUGCACGCGGCGCACCUGUACGCCCACUGACCACGCUGAAACCGAAGGAUUUCCUCUGCCGUUACGAAUCGCACUGCUUUGCGCUGUGCCAUUGCUGUGACUUUGAUGCUUGCGAUUGUGAAAUGACUUGCCCGGGCAACUGCACAUGCUACCAUGACCAGAUUUGGUCCACAAAUGUGGUGGAUUGCGGUGGUCAGCAGACCACCGAACUGCCACGCCGUGUGCCCAUGGACUCGAGUGUUGUCUAUUUGGACGGCAAUAACUUCCCAGUGCUAAAGGACCACGCCUUCAUUGGACGCAAGAAUCUGCGCUCACUUUACGUGAAUGGCAGCCAAGUGGCGCGCAUACAGAAUCGCACAUUUGCGGGACUGAUUUCGCUGCAGGUGCUACAUCUGGAAGAUAAUUUGCUGCGCACGCUGCAUGGCAACGAAUUUGAAUUUCUCAUUGCGCUGCGAGAGCUCUACCUACAAAACAAUCAGCUGACAUCGCUUGACAACAUCACGCUGGCACCACUUGUGUCGCUUGAAGUAUUCCGCAUCGAUGGAAAUCGCCUGGUGACGCUGUCUAUGUGGCAGUUGCAGCAACCGCAAUUUAAACAAAUGCGCACAUUGGCGCUAGGUCGCAACCAAUGGAGCUGCCGCUGUAAAUUCCUACAGGAGCUAACAGCCUACGUAGCAGACAAUGCGUUGAUAGUGCAGGACCUGCAGGACAUCUACUGCAUGGACGCGGGCGUCAGCGGCACGAGUGUGGUGCAGAAACGUGACUUAGAUUUCAAUGCAACUGCCGCCUGCACUGACUACUACGCUGGCGGUUCGAUGCUGCAGCAUGGCAUACCAAAGACUUACAUACCGCUGCUUGCUGCAGCACUGGCGCUCAUUUUUUUGCUCGUCGUCAUCAUCAUAAUCUUUGUGUUUCGCGAAUCAUUACGCAUUUGGCUGUUUGCGCACUACGGCGUGCGUGUGUUUGGUCCACGCUGCGAGGAAUCGGAGAAGCUGUACGAUGCCGUGCUACUGCACUCAGCGAAGGACAGCGAGUUUGUUGCACAGCACCUAGUGUCUGAAUUGGAAACCGGCCGCCCACCACUACGCGUUUGCCUGCAACAUCGCGAUCUGGCGCACGAUGCCACACACUACCAGCUGCUGGAGGCUUCACGCGUUUCGCGGCGCAUAGUAAUACUGCUAUCACGUAACUUUCUACAGACUGAAUGGUCGCGCUGCGAGCUACGGCGUGCCGUACACGAUGCGCUGCGCGGGCGACCGCAAAAACUUGUCAUCAUCGAAGAGCCCGAGGUGCUGUUCGAGGCAGAGAGCGACAUUGAGCUGCUGCCCUAUCUAAAGACAUCUGCAGUGCACCGCAUACGCCGCACCGAUCGACACUUCUGGGAGAAGCUGCGCUAUGCGCUGCCCGUCGACUACCCUACCUAUCGUGGCGGCGUCGCUGGCGUACCCGGCAACAAUUACACGCUCGACCACAAUCAUGAGCGCAUCAAGCAACCCGCCAGUCCUGGCAUACUCUACCGCCAAGCGCCACCACCCGCCUACUGUCCUGAUGGUGCGGCCGGUGGUGCAAUUGGCGAGCAUGGCGCAGCUGGCGGUGGUGCUGCUGCUACUGCUGGCGCUGAUCCAACGACCUACUCGUCCGCCACAACAGCGACGCCCAGCCCGCGUCCACAACGACGUGAACAUAUUGGCAGUGCGGCUGUAGCGGGCACUUUACAUCAUCCCAUUGUGGGCACACAUCUGCAUCCUAGCGCUGCGCAAGCGGCAUCGCUUGCAGCCGCAGCGGCACAACGCGGCGCAGAACUGAGUGGCGGCGCUGGCAAUGCCAGCCAAUACUACCAUCACGCCACAGCGCCCAGUCAAACGUAUACAAUGCGGCCGCCCUCCGAACACAUUUACUCCAGCAUCGACUCGGACUACUCGACGCUGGACAAUGAGAAUGUGCUCAUGAUGCCGCCACCGUCACCCACACCUAAUGGCGGCGUGGUGGAUGUGCAGAGCUUGCAGCGAUUUCAACAACAGCAGCAGCAGCGGCAUCAUGCGCAUCAACAACAACAGCAGCAACAGCUAAUGUCACAAACAUGGCGACCGCAACAGCAGCAGCAACAACAAAAUCAAAAGCAUCAGCAGCAGCGCAGGGAGUCUGAGUUGACGAAUGGGGCUGUGGUGACGUCAGCGGCAACGGCGAGCGGUCAACAGCAGGGGCCACAUGUGCAAGCGUAUCUGGUGUAGAUGUAGGUGCAUAUGCAUGUAGUUGUAGAGGAUAUACCUAACUAGUGCGAUAAAUAAAAAAAUACGACGCACAGCACAAAGCGAAAUAUAAAAAAAGAAAAUAAAGAUUUAGUUAUUAUUUAAGUAGGAACGAAGCAGAAAAUUUUGGGACUGGUUCCUGGCACUGAAACUAACACAACAAGAGUGUAAAUGUAUUUUAUAUAACAUGCUUAAAAGUCGAUCUGUAUGCUUUAGUGCAAGUUCAGAAAUAGAACAAGCAUUUUUUAUAAACUAAAAAUACAAAAUUUUUUUGUCGGUGUAAAAGUAAUAUUAACUAAAAUGCAAAUUUAUAAUAACUUAUUUUUUUCGUUAACCUAAAAGCGUCAAGUGUCGAUAUUUGCUGCGUAGCUAUUAAAAUUUUAAAUUUAUUUAUGCAAAACGCGUAUAUAAAAUUCAAAAAAUAUUUAAAUUUUUGCUAAAAAAUAAUUGUUUCAUUUGAAGAAAAAAUGCUCAGUUGCCUAAGCUGAACAGCUGUGCUAAAAAGUAACUCAUUUAAAAAUUAUUAAAAAAAGUAUAAAAUUGUAAAAAAAUACAAACGCAACUAACUCCACUAAGACAAACUACUUGCAAACCCAGUGAACAAAAAAAAAAAACCAAACAGAAUAAAGCAUAGUUCAACUUUGAAUUAAAAAAUUUAGUUCAUGAGUUUGAGCAAAAAAUUAAAUUAAAUUAAAUGCAAAAAAGUGAUUUUGUUGAUGCAAACGACGUUAAUGACGAUGAUGAUAAACGUAUGUAAUAAUGUAGUUAUGUAUGUAAACUCGAUUUUCCUCAUAUAUAUAUUCUCAUAUAUAGUACAGUAUACAUAUACAUAGCAAUUCUCAUAAGUGUAAAUAGCAAAAAAAAAAUAAAAAAUAAAAUAACUACUACAUAAUAAGCUUAAGCCCUAAGUAAAUAAUGUAUAUUUUGAAAUCCGUGUACCUACAUGGCUAUAAAUAUUUAGUUAGGCUAACCGCGUGAAAGAGCCAACAGGCUAUAGUGAUGGCGAGCGGAAAUUGAGUGCAAAGGCAGA